GAAGACGCAGCAAGAACACAAUCCAAAGAACAGAAAAAGACAGAAAGAAGAAAGCGAAAGGCCGAGGGAGUCGUUGCUCAGUUGGGAACCCGUCCAGCAGACUUUAGUUUGUGUCCAAGUGAACGGACCAAACCAGUGUGACUGGGCAGAAGGGAGGAAGGACUGGUUUCUGAGCAGACUGCCCAGCACCAUGGCUGACGGCGUGAAUGAGGAGUCGGAUUAUAACCCAGGGAAAGAUGAGCUGGGCUGGGGCUACGAGGAAGGUGUAGAAUGGGGACUCCACUUCCCAUCAGCCAACGGCGAGUACCAGUCUCCCAUUAACUUGAACUCCAGGGAGGCUCAGUAUGACCCGUCCCUCCUGGAUGUGGGCUUAUCACCAAACUACGUGGUGUGUCGAGACUGUGAGGUCAUCAAUGAUGGACACACCGCACGCAUCAUUCUCAAGUCCAAGUCAGUGGUUACUGGCGGUCCGUUGCCUAGUGAUCAUGAGUAUGAGCUUCAUGAGGUUCGUUUCCACUGGGGCAAGGAGAACCAGAGAGGAUCAGAGCACACUGUCAACUUCAAGGCCUUCCCUAUGGAGCUCCAUCUGAUUCACUGGAACAGCACUCUGUUCAACACUUUGGAGGACGCUCUUGGGAAGAAGAAUGGAGUCCUCAUCAUAGCUCUUUUCGUGCAGAUCGGUAAGGAGCAUCUUGGUCUGAAGGCCAUCACUGAAGUUCUACAGGACCUGCAGUACGAGGGAAAGAGCAAGAUAAUCCCUUGCUUCAACCCCAACACUCUGUUACCUGACCCGUUACUGAGAGACUACUGGGUGUAUGAAGGAUCUCUGACCACACCACCGUGUAGUGAAAAGAUCGAGGAGUUUCGGAGGCUGCGGUCCCAUGUCAAAGGGGCGGAGCUACUAGAAGGGAACGAUGGGAUGUUGGGGGACAACUUCCGUCCCACCCAACCGCUCAGUGACCGGACGGUUCGCGCCGCCUUCCAGUGACCCUUGCUGCCCACUGCCAGUCAGGAGAGCUGUGGCACCUACAGGGGAAGACGAGGUAUGAGCAGAGGAGUGCAAACAGAGGGAGACUGGACAAAAAAACAGUUCACACCUUCAGCAUGUGUGUGUGUGUCCUGAUUAGAUGAUAGGGGCUGCUCUGCUGUCAAAACAAGCCACAGAUGUACCUGAACACACACACACACACACACACACACAAACAAGCCGGUCGCUGUGUGCUCUGGACUGACUGUGCUGGAGCAAAGCUGCUACAACACACAGUUUACAACGUGUACUUUAAUCUGAAUAUUUCGUUUUGAGUCAGUGAACAUGAAAGGGACAUGUGUUUAUAUUAAAAUACAUUUAUAUAGACAAAUCCGAGUGUGCUGGCAAAUCCCAUCUGCCUUCGUCCAAUCAGCACGCAAACAUCAUCCCAGAUUAGUUAAAAGAGAGACUGAAUAAGUAACAGAAACAUUUUCACUUUCUUCUAACCCUGUUUUCCGGCGUAAUUGUGGCAUUGAACGUCACACCAGAAAAAAGAAUAGGAGGAAGUCUAUUGUUUGUUUUAGAUUGUUUUCCCACGUUUAAGAAAAAACUACAUAUCAUUUUGGUUAAGAAAAUGAUAUACACACUUUUUUUCACAAGACACGGUGUCUUUUAUCAGCUGCUCCAACAACAAACUGAGUCUUUGGAAUAAUCCGGGGCCGCCGCAUGCCUCACCAGACGUGGGACAGAAGCGCUACUUUACUGUUUUAAAAAAUUUUUUUUUUACCAAAGCAGAACAGUGUUUUGAGACUGAAUUACUUCCAUAUAAACACAGACUAGAGUUUAAUGACUCCCUGGGACUAACCCAAACAUUUCUGCUUUCGCUGUCAGUGUGAAUGUUCAGUUCCACUCUGCCACCGCAGUAAUGCCACAUGCCUCUUCUCUAGUGACCCAACAGCAGUUUAAUACUAUUUGUUCUCCACUGAAGUUACACUGGACAGCUUUUUGUCAGCCUAUAACGGAAUAUAUACAUGGGAGUUUAGUAGGAACUGUAGUCGGGGGAGGGGUUUAUUUAUAUUUAAAGGAACAGUGGGGAACAGAAAGAGGGCUCUGUUGGCAGAAAUGUAAAAUAAUAUUCAUAGCUAUGUUUUUCUUUCAUGUUUUUUACAUUAUCGUAGUUCUUGUAAAGGGAGGAGUCCUACACAUUGCUCCUUUAACGUUUCUAUUAGGGCCAGCUGGUUAAGACUGCUUCGGUUAGGUUGUAUUCUGGUGUCCUGUGUGAGAUCUAACUCCAGCUGCCAAACUCCCAUUACAAUACAUGAUCUAGGUGUAAUGAAUUCAUUCAAACUCUCAAAAUUUCCACUUACCUGGCCUCGUGUUGCUUGCUAUUUUCACUGUUAGCGUUAAGUAAGUAAAGACUAGUCUUUGUGUUCAAACCGGUGUCUCUUUAGUGGCUUUAUCCUCUAGGUUCCUCCUCCAGAUUCUCCAGCACAGCGUUGAUAGUCCCUGUGCUAGUGUAUUGUCUGAAAGAUUUACUAUUGAACACUUAUCCCCUUUUUAAAAAUAAAGAAACGUCUUAUCAAACUGUGGACCAUUAGCAGAUUAAAACGCCUUUGACAUCUGUUGAUCACUACUCUCAUCACUCCCUUCAUAUGGUUUCAGUAGUAAAGAGGGAUGCAAGCACUGCUUUUGUGUGUGUGUGUGUGUGUGUGUGUAUGUCUGUGUGUGUGUAGUAUUUAAAGGUACAUACUGAGCUGAAAUAAACUAAGAACUGAUGACUGUUACUGUAAAGCAACAAUAAACUAUAACACUGACUUACU